AUGAAUUUUGUUCCGAAACAAUUCUGCCUUUUUAUCUUUUGGGUGAUAUUACACACAGCAAGCCCGUCCAAUUGUCUCAUAUCAAAUUACAAUACGGUUAAGGUUGAUAGCGGUAGAUUGUCCUUCCCCGUAUAUGACAUUUUCAGGAACAAGGAAAAUCUACAAAGGGGACACCUUGCCUUAAGGAGGAAAGAAGGUAAAGUGAGUACACACAAUUUGAGCAAACUCUGUAACUUACAAGUAAAAAGGGAGGAUAAAAAAUCGAAAAAUUGCUACACCUCCCAGAAAUGCUCACUCAAAAAUGUAGCGAGCGGUUCUAAAAAUGCCAAGGGGGGAAGUCUCGAAGGUGGCCUAAGGGAUGUACUACACGGGGGCGCCCCAAAGAAGUGGCCACAGUUAAGCGAACAAACAAAGGGCUCAGAUAGGGAAAAGCCUAAUCCGUGUGACACUGUUAGCCAUAUGAAUUAUGCCAAAAGACGGACAAGGGGACAAACGACCAAGCAUCAAGUACUCAAUUGUGAUUCAGACUAUCCAAAUGAGGAAACUCGAGAACCGAAUGAUGUGAAUCUCUUGCAGAAGGAAAAAAAAUAUAGCAGACAAAUAUAUACGCACGGAUAUGAAGAAGAAAAAAAAAUUCGAAAGAGUAAAAUAUUAAUCGUCGGCCUAAAUGGGGUAAGUAGCGAAAUAUGCAAAAAUUUAAUUCUUUGCGGAGUGAAGGAAAUAGGAAUAUAUGACAAUGACAUUUUGAGGAUGGACGACCUAGAUAACCUCUUCUUUUGCGAGAAGAAAUUUAUAGACAAGGAAAAAAAAAGCAUAGCUUGUGUGCAGAACAUGCGUAAGUUGAAUGACAACUGCAAAAUUGAAGUCAUCACAAAUGUUGAAAAUGCGGUGCAACACUACGACGUAGUUGUCUCCGCAAAUCAAAGCAACCAUAUUAAUAUAAAACUGAGUAAUUUGUGCAGAAAGGCAAGUAUCAAUGGAGAAAGAAAAAAGUUCAUUUGUGUAAAUACGGUGGGCCUGUUUGGACGCAUUUUUGUCGACUUUGGACAGUUUACAUAUUCCAAUUCGAAAAACAAUGGAGAGUUGUACGACAUAAGCAAAGUGGAACUGGCAGGCGAUGAUCACGCCGUCCUGCAUCUUUUGCCCCAUUACAGGAAUGUUCACUUGAACGAGAAGGAUGUGCUGAUUCUACGUGUGCAAGAUGGAAAUCAGCAGGUUGUGAAUAUCCCCUGCGAAAUUACAGACUUGUGCAAGGGAAGUAACAAAAUCCGUGUUACCAUUUUGAAAAAAAAAAAUGCAUUGGACACUUUUGCGGGUUAUAUACUUCCCCUACGAGUUUUACAGUACGUAGGAAAAACGAGUCACGAUUUCCGUAUGCAUCUGUUUGAAAAAUUGAGGAAGAUGCUCCAACGGAUAAGCGGCAACCAUUAUAUGCAAGAAGUCCUUUUGAAAACUUCAUCCCGAAAUAUGAGUAUCAAAAAAGUGCCUGAACAGGUCAGGUUAAAUUAUAAAAGUUUGGAGGAAUAUUUAAACAUUGUACAGCGAAAAUUGGACAGAGGAAAAAGUUAUGCGCCGUGGUCCCUCCUCAUGGCGUUGUUUAGGCGUGCAGAUGAAGGAGACCAAGUGAGCGACGAAGAGCUGUGCUUCUUAUGUUACGAAGAAAUGAUAAAGCAUAAGAAGGGGAAUAAAAUAUUCACUCCAGAGGAAAUUCAAGAAUUUCAAAAUUGGUGUAAAAAAAAAAAAAAAAAUAUGAACGUUCAGGUAGUAAAUGAAUUUUGUUCAGCUGCACACAUCGAAUUGUCGCCAUUUUCUGCAUUUUUUGGAUCGUUGGUGACGCAAGAAAUUUUAAAAGGUGUGACAGGAAAGUUCAAACCCAUUCACCAGACAUUUUUUUUCGACAAGAGGGAUUUAUUUCCCUUUGCGAAAAUUACUCAUAAAUAUCACGGAAGGCAUAUGCACCAGUUGAAUUUUUUUGGACCCGAAUUUCAGAAAUUUUUGAAUGAGUUGAAUAUUUUGCUGAUCGGGUCAGGUGCCUUGGGCUGUGAAUUUUUGAAGCUACUGGCGUUGAUGGGAAUUUCCUCGCGUAGGGGCUUAUCCCCUGGGGGGCGCAUCCAAGUUGUCGAUUACGAUCUGAUUGAGGAAUCCAACUUGUCUAGGCAAUUCCUGUUCAGUGCAAAAGAUGUGGGAAAGUUGAAGUGCGAAGUGGCUGCAGAGAAUGUUAAGAAGUUAAAUCCGAAUGUGAACUGUGGUUUUGUGAAAAUGAAGGUGGAUGAGUCUAUCUUAGGAAACCGGGGCUCACUUCUGAAUUGGUUGUUUUCUCACUCGAGGAGUAAUGACCAAAAGGGGGGGCACAUGUAUGGUAGUACAUCCGUGGAGGGAAUUUGCAUAAAGGAGAAAAUAAAAGAAAAAUCUCUUAACAGAAGAAUCACCUCCCCCAUUUUGUGCAUCCUGUGUUUGGACAAUUUCCAAAGCAGAGCAGUGUGUGACACAUUCUGCGUGAUGAACUCCAUUCCAAUGAUUGAAGCGGGCAUAGAGGGUCUAAAGGGAAGUAGCCAAAUAGUUAUCCCCUUCUCAAGUGAGACGUACACAAGUAACACGAUCGAUGGACAAGCCGAUCAUGAACCAAAUAACUCGUGCACCAUUACAUCUUUCCCUAAAGAUCCAAAGCAUGUAAUACAAUUUGCAAGAAGUGUUUACAACAAUUAUUUUACAGACAAUGUGAUAAAAAUGAAUAAAUUUUUAAAUGAUCCUGUUUCUUUUAUUGGCCGCUUAUGUACCUACGACAAUGUAAGCAACUUGCUCCAGUUUUUUAAAUUAACAAAAAUGUAUUUCAAUUCCAACGUCCAUGAAAACGUACAACUUCUCUGGGACAACAUCUUUGUGAAAAAUAUUAUCCACUUGCUCAAGAACAACGAAGCAGAAUUGCAUAAGUAUUUUGAACAAGUUCAGAAUUUGCCGAAGCCUGUUUCCUUCCAUCCAGAAAAUAGAAAUCACUUACUCUUCUUCCAAUGUGCCCUGAAAAUUUUCAAAAAAGUUUUCAAAAAUUUGAUAGACAUUUUUUUGGCUAGCCAGAAAAGUCAACAUUCAGAUGUCUUUUUCUUUAAGGAUGAGCAAAUGGUGGCUUCCAAAUUGCUCUCCUUUGAGGAGGCUAUAGGAGAAAUUGUGUCGAAGAAUGAUUUGCGCCUGGAUGUGAAACGACUGCUGUACUUCCUCUCCGUCAUCCGGAAGAAUACCGAUCCGCAGUUCUACGCUUCCAUCGAGAGGGAGCUCUUUGGGCUGUUCAACAACCCCUUGUUCGUUUUGGCCCUGCGGUGGGUGCAGCGCCAGAAGGAAGAAGCUGGAAAAGGAGCAAGAGUGGAGGUGGAUGCAAGUACCCGCGCACGUAAGGAGGUCGCGCUAUUCACCCCCCUGAUUUGUAAUCUCCAGGACGACAAGGACGACAUAAACUUUGUGUUCAGCCUAACCAAUGUACGGAACGAGAACUACAAUUUCCCGGAGGUUCCUAUAUUGGAAUUUUUUAAAAUCUGCAACAACAUCAUUCCGUCUAUCAUCACGGUCGUUUCGGCCAUUUCUGCGCUGGUGUCCCUCGAGUUGUACAAGGUGGCCUAUUUGAUGCAGUCCCGUAGGAGGGAAAUAGAAAUGGAGGGAAUCUAUCCAACGAGCCACUUGCUACAGCGUGAGAAAUCCCUCCCUGAGUAUCCAAUCCAAUUUCGCGUGGAGAAGCUAAAGGACCUAACCAUUUACACGUACAGAAACAAGGUCUACAUUAGCAAAAACGGAAAAGCGUUGUUCUCCUUUCUUAACGUUCCCUACAACGAGCUUGAAAUUUUAUCAAGCGCAGUUAACAACCAUUAUUUGAACCUGCAGGAUAAUUUUUUUACCCAUUCUCAACUGAAUAGUGUGUGCCCCCCCCUGUCUUAUGAAACCUCACCAUCAGAAUUGAUGAACACAUUUCAGUUCUCCGUUUGGAACUAUCUCUAUGUUAAUAUUUAUCCUACAGGGAGAAAGAGGAAGGGCAACGGGCAAUGCACAGUGGACUGUACCGUGGGGGAAUGUGGGCUGCCCCUUGGUCCGUUCAACUACCGAAAGGGAGAUCAGCAGGUGGAGAAAAAGCUAGCCGAAGCUAGUAGGGCAUUGCAGAAGGUGGCGAAGAAAGGGUAUCCCGGUGAGAAUAACCAUGACUCUAAUGGCGGGAAAAAUAAUAACGACACCAGCACUAGUAACCUGGAGGACAAGGCGAAAGAGGCGAACAAUUUGACAGAUUCCAUCCUGAAGGAUCUGGACACGGUUGGCACUGCAUCCGAAGAUGAAGCAUCUCUUGAUGAGGCAUCUGUACAUAUUCGCAACAUAAAGAAGAACAUGCAUCUAAUGAUGGAGCAGAGCAGAAACGGAGAAGAGUGGUCCAAGGAGGAGGCGGAAAAGGCACUAUCAGAUUUAGUGAAUGCUUUAAGAAAAGUGAAAAAAUAUACGGAGCAUAUGAGCAGCCAAGCAAAAGCAUUUAUAAAUAUGAGGAAUAAAGAAACCAGAGAAGACAUCACAUUGGAUGAACUGGUAACAUCCCUGGAAGUUCUCUUCGGUGUAUCUAUUCAGACAAUUGGAGUGAGGGAUAAAAUAAUUUACACCAAGUUUCAGUUGCCCUCUUUUAGGCACUCAGGUAGGAAAAACCUCUCCGUUAUAUUGCGGGAGCUAUUCAAGGCAGAUGCAGGUGUUGAUACGGAAGCCAGUACCUACAUACUGCAUAUAUUUGCUACAGACAGUGCAGGGAGGGAAGUCAGCCUUCCCGACGUACAGGUCAAUGUGCACUACCACUGA